ACAGACGUGAUCGAAAGUCCGGGAAAUCGACAAGAUCUAUGCAAAUUUUUUUUUACACCACUUACGGUGCACUUGGACAUACAAAUUAUCGCCAGCCAAGUAGUUGUGCUUAAUGCCUAAAAAAAAAAUAAAAUAAAGUGGAGCUUAAAGUGAAAAGUUAAAAUUACCAUCAAAACUGUAACGAAAGUUCCAGCCAACAUUAAGUGCACUUUCCAAUAACCCAAUUUGGCAUAUUAAUAUUGUUUAUUCUUAUGUCACAAGUUUGUGGAUAGUUUUUGGCUCGGUUCUCAGUGUGUGUAAUAUUUACGCUUGAUUUUUUUUCAAUUUAUUUUCUGUUGUUAUUUUGGAUUUGUUUUGGUCUUGGUCUAAAACUAAUUUUAGCCUUUUCCGAAUGCAGUCAACUGUGGGCCAAAAAAAGAAACACCUGCAAUGUUCGCGCAGUGAAUAAUUUUCGGAUUGUUAAAGGAGUUUGGCCAGCACAUAAAAAUAAUCGUAAAUAAACAGUAAUUCGAAAAGUGUGUAGUCAAAAUGCCGGAAGUACUAAAUGCCAUGGAAAUGGAGGCGCCAUCGGAUGUGGUGGACAUAUCCGCAAGGGAGCCAGUUGUCAACGUCAUAACCAUCAUUAAUAGCAGCAAUAUAAAUAAUAACAAUAAUAGCAACAGUACCACCAAUAACAACCACCACAACAGCGGUGAACCGGAAACGGAAAUCGGCGCAGUGGAAUUGCAGCAACAGCAGCAACAACAACUGCAACUGCAACCGCUGUCGAAUUUCGUGGCAAUUCCAUUGUUGGAACGCCGACGUCGCAGUCGCAGUCACAGUCGCAGUCACUGCCGCAUCGCGCCCUUGGCGCCGAUCAUCUGCAUCCAGAACGGAUCGCAUCCGGAGGACCUCGUCCGCUUGUCCCGCUCGCGAUCUUGUUUCCUGCGCUUUCGCAGGACCUUUGCCAAGCUUUUUGGCAAAAUCAUGGGCAGCAAUAAUCCCAGCGAAGCGGAUCGAUACGACUAUUAUGACUGUGAGUAA